GGCGAGGCCGACGGCGCAGCUGUUGCCGGGAAAAUGGCGGGGACGGCGCUCAAGAGGCUGAUGGCCGAGUACAAACUUGUGGACCUUGACUUCGGACGUCGCCUUCUGCCUUUCCCCGUCUGUGAAGAUGGUGCUUAGCCAGGUACCUGACAGCUGGCUGUCCGCAGCGUGAGCUGUUCCUGUUGUCAUUACACUGAGGACACUUUCCGAAGAAACUUGAACAUAAACUAAAAUGACGAAUGUCGUAAAGCUAACUGAAUUAACACUGAAUCCUCCGGAAGGAAUUGUGGCAGGCCCCAUGAAUGAAGAGAAUUUUUUUGAAUGGGAGGCAUUGAUCAUGGGCCCAGAAGACACCUGUUUUGAGUUUGGGGUUUUUCCUGCCAUCCUGAGUUUUCCACUUGAUUACCCGUUAAGUCCUCCAAAGAUGAGAUUUACCUGUGAGAUGUUUCAUCCCAACAUCUACCCUGACGGCAGAGUCUGCAUCUCCAUCCUGCACGCUCCCGGCGACGACCCCAUGGGCUACGAGAGCAGCGCCGAGCGGUGGAGCCCUGUGCAGAGCGUGGAGAAGAUCCUCCUGUCGGUGAGCCCAACGAUGAAAGCGGGGCCAACGUGGAUGCCUCCAAAAUGUGGCGGGAUGACCGGGAACAGUUCUACAAGAUCGCCAAGCAGAUCGUGCAGAAGUCGCUGGGGCUCUGAGCCUGGCCCACACGUGUGCCCAGCCGUGUGCCCGCGCGUGCGUGCAGGCACACCACCGAGCAGUUUUUGGAGUUUCUCCUCCAAAACACUUAGUGACAGUGACACUCUGUGCUGGUACCAAAAAAGGCAAGCUUGCAGAACCACAGCAUCUAUUUCUUUUCUACCUUUCCCACCCCAAACAGCCUUCUCUUCUGCAGUGAUGGUUUCUAUAGGACGAUGGCAGCCGGGUGCAGUUGAGGGGCCCACGUGGCCUCGUUCUUGCCGAGGUGGCCUAGGGAGAUGAUGAGAGCCGUCACCACUACCUCUCCAGCUGACGUGCCUGCGGACCCAGCACUUAGUGCGGAGCGGGGAGGGGCGUACGCGCCGGCCCCCAGGGACUAGAACCGGUGACGCUGCUUCCGCAGACGCGGGGCCUUGCAGACCAGGAGGAGGGCAGCGGCCGGAUGUCUCUGGGGGCCCCUCCUGGUUCCCUUGUCCCCCGUGAGGAGGAUAUGACUUUGCUUCAGUACUUUGUUUUACAAGCAGAUUUUUUUUCUUGCAAUCUAGUUACAUUUUUCAUUUGUUGUACGUUACAAAUAAUCACAUUUAGAAAUACUUGCAGGAAAUAAAUACUUUUUUAAAAUGUGGACUAAUGAAAAAUGGGGCACAUAGAAAAGAAGUUUCCUCCUGGCCAUGAAGACCGGCGUUUUCCCUGCUGUUAUUUGAUCACAGUUUACGCUCGAGUCUCAGUUCCUAGUGCAUUUACCAGAGCAGGGGCACGUGAGACCGAGAUUUUAGUCAGAGUGUCUUCUGGGUGUGUCGGAGCUUUUCUUUUCCAGUCUGAAAACUGGAAAGUGCUAAGCGUUUGUACGUGGUGGCUGCAGCAGGAACUUUAACGAUUGGGACAGAACCGUUCUUCGCAACUUGGGAAGGGACGCUCCCGUUAGCGCAGAGCACAGAGGUGUGUUUCAUCCCAGACCUGACCAGCGCUGUGGGAGCGUGGCACACAGGGUCCCCGGGGUCCCCGGGUCGGUGGGGGGCGCUCAGCUGCGGCUCGUGGUUUUGAGGUGGUCUGGAUUCCUCCGGCGUGGGUAGCUCAGCCGCGGGGCCAGGGCUCCGUUUCAAGCAAUAACAGAUCUGUUGCGUGCAGUUAAAUAUUUGGCCUGUUUCAAACAGGUUAAAUUUAAAUAGGAGUUUCUAUUUUUGAAAUAAGGGACAGUCUACAAGACGUACAGUACAUUUUACUUUAUGUUAUCCUUUCCCUUUCAUAAUGUGCCCGCGGGCAGGAGUCUGUUUUACUGAAACCUCGCUAAUUUCUUGGUGUUAAGUGGUACUGGCUAAAGGGCUUCUGUGGAAACCGGACUCUUUCCUUCUCAGAAGGGAAUCAUUUAAAAGUUGAAAUGCGGGCUUCCCUGGUGGCGCAGUGGUUGGGAGUCCGCCUGCCGAUGCAGGGGACACGGGUUCGUGCCCCGGUCCGGGAGGAUCCCACAUGCCGCGGAGCCUGCGCGUCCGGAGCCUGUGCUCCGCAACGGGAGAGGCCACAGCAGUGAGAGGCCCGCGUACCGCAAAAAAAAAAAAAAGUUGAAAUGCAGUACGAGGCCUUGUAUUCGGAAGGAGAUGGGGAAAGGAGAGGUGUUGUACCUACAUAGUAUCUGCGGGCGUGUUGGGUGAGACGUAGCCCUCUCCAUAGAGAGGAAAAGGUGGGUGUGGUGGAGUGUGAGCCUGUGGCCGCGUCAGCAGGGGGCCACGGGGCUCAGGAAAUCUGGAGAAGGAAGAGAGGCAGUCUCUUUGCAAAAGAAAGUAUUUUUAUUCAUUUGUAUUUAUUAAAUGAAACAAAAGAGAAGGAGUCCCAUGGUGUCCUUAUUCUGUGACGGAGUUUAUUAAUUCCUAUGGUAAAAUAAAGCUAUAUUUUCCCCCUGU